AUGUUUAAUCCUAAUUCUACAGCUGUAUUUAAAGAUCAGGGCGUAGAUACAGGGUUAGGUUAUGUUAGUUUGCUAAAAUCAGUUACUUAUUUCAUGAGUUUAAAGGAUUAUGUGAUUUUAUUUGCACAGUCAUUUGAAGAUUUUCGUUUUCAAGAACUAGAAUCUCUUGCUAUUCUUGAAGGAAUAAAAGCAGAUUUCUCCAAUCAUCAUAAACAUACUCCAUAUCUUAUUGUUCGUUUGGAAAAUGAUACACAAGCCAAAAAACUGAUUCGCAGAUCCAUUUGUUGUAGAGCUAUUUAUUCACUCUGGGCCUGUGCUAAGUCAUAUAAUGAUCUUCAUUUUAUACUUCGACAAUCUGGCUUUACUGACAUUAAAAAGGAGCCGUUUCGUCAUGCUUCAUUUAAAUUUGUUGUGGAAAGCUUUAAUAAAUCUCAUUCAAUUGAACAUCAAAUUGCACUUAUUAAUAGUUUUUCUUAUUUGGCUUUAGAGGGGCCAGUUUUUAUGAAUAAUCCGGAAGAAAUUUAUGCAAUAUUAGAGGAAUGGACAGUUGAUUCAUUAAAAUAUGUUUUUAUGGGUCGACAAAUAGCCAAAAGUAGUCGGCAUGCUGUUAAUUGGUUCAAUCUAAAAAAAAGGCGAUAUAUUGGGAACACAUCUAUGGAUGCAGAGCUUUCUUUAAUUAUUGCAAAUCAAGCACUUGCAGAAAAAGGAAAACUUGUCUAUGAUCCAUUUGUUGGAACCGGUAGUAUUCUUCUUGCAUGUGCUUAUUAUGAAGCAAUGAUAAUGGGUACAGAUAUUGAUGGGCGACUUUUGCGUGGCCAAAAUGGUCGAUCAAUUCAUAGUAAUCUUGAGCAAUAUGGCUUAACUUCAAAAUUCCUUGAUAUUUUUACAAUGGAUUUUCUUCAUCCUGCUAUACGUGAUAGUCUUCUAUUAGAUAUCAUUAUUUGUGAUCCCCCAUAUGGUCUACGUGCAAGUCCAAAAACUCUAAGGAAAAAUGUUAAAAAUACAUCUCCUCCAAAAGAUGCAUCAGGCUGUUAUUUUCAUUUAAAAAAGGAUUACAUUCCGCCGACAGAACCUUAUUCAUUUGAUGAAUUGAUUGCAAAACUUAUGACAUUUGCAUCAGAUCAUCUUUUAACGGAAGGAAGACUUGUUUUUUGGAUGCCUAGUAUGGAAGAAAAACCAGAAGCCAGUGUUCCACAGCAUCCUAAUCUUUUAUUGAUUGCAAAUAGUAAACAAUGUUUUGGAAAAUGGUCCAGGAAACUUUUGACAUAUGUACGAAAAGACAGAACAGUUUUUAAUCAAAAUGUUACUCCAGAAAUAAUUGAAAAUAAGUUUCGUGAGAAAUAUUUUACAUCUAAAAACAAAUAA